UCCUCUGUCUCCUUUGAAGUGCCCCUUCGAUCUCUCUCAAGGGUGGAACCCUUGAACUAUGGAGGCUGGUUCUGGAUCUCUGACUCGCCUGGUGUCCCUUGUGUCUGCUGGGUUGCGUCGUUGCUCUUCGGAAACGGUGAAAUUUGGCUCCUGUUCGUUCCUAUUCUGUGCUCUUACAUUGGGAUGUCUGAUAGUGAGUCGGAUUUGGAUGAUGGCAGCACGUCAGAGUUGUCAGGUCAUUGGACUAAUGGUUGGAGCACCGAUUCGGGAGAUGGGGAAUGACUUGAACGGGUUGGAGGAACCGCUGACUGAGGAAGGGGAUAGUGGCCAUUCCGACAGUGAAUACGACGGCAGGGAUGGUGGUGGAAGCUAUAUGCAUGCUGCUGCAGAGGAUCAUGCAAACUCCGAGAAUGUCAUGGGUAAACAAUUCAGUUGUCCAGACCCUGUGAUUGCUUUCGUGUUGUUAUCUGCAGAAUUUAAUGGGAUUGAAGAUGCGUAUGCAAGCUAUGUCGCGUAUGCAAAGGGAAUUGGCUUUGCAGUGCGAAAGGGAGAUUCUAUUAAAGACAAGGAGGGGAAUAUUGUUAGGAAGUUUUUCUACUGCAAUCGGCAAGGGCUGCGUGAAAAGAAGCAUUACGAGCGAGUUGAUAGAAAAAGGACUCAUAAACCGGAGACGAGAACGAAUUGCAAUGCCAAGCUUGUGAUGUUUCUAGAAAAAAGUUGUAGGAAAUGGCGGACGAAAACAUUGGUCGAGGAACAUAAUCACGAAUUGGCACCCCAAGAGUUCACUAAUGUCAUGGCUCCACAUAGGAAGAUCCCUGAAGGGCACAAAGCGCAUAUACAUAGCAUGCAUGAUGCUGGGUUCAAAACAACUCAAAUAAUGGGCUUCUUUGCCCACAUGUGUGGUGGAUAUCGGAAUCUUAACUUCAUUAUUAAGGACUUGUAUAAUUAUAUGGAUGGAGUUAGGCAAUCAAGGAUUGUCGAGGGAGGUGCAGCCGCAGCAAUAAGCUACUUGAAGGGCAAGGCUGAGUUGGAUCCGAUGGCAGUUGUGCAGUACUCUUAUUGCGUUGAGAAGCACCUUGGGCACCUAUUUUAGUCAGAUGGUAACAUGCAGCAUGACUAUGAAUGCUUUGAUGAUGUGUUAGCAUUUGACUCAACGUACAGAAAAAACUUAUAUAACAGACCUCUUGUGAUCUUUUCUGGCACCAACCAUCAUAGACAGACAAUUAUUUUUGGGUUCGGUUUGCUAGAGGACGAGAAGAUUCCUUCCUACAAAUGGUUGUUAAGUAGCUUCUUGGAGGUAAUGAGGCACAAGGAGCCGAAAGUCGUUGUCACAGAUGGCGAUGAAUCCAUGCGAGAGGCCAUUAGAGGUGAAUUCCCUAGUGCGACACAUAGACUAUGCACCUGGCAUCUUGCUCGAAAUGCAGUUGUUAAUAUUAAAGACAAAGAUUUUUGUGCUGCGUUUAAGACUGCUGUGUAUGGUCACUUUGAUAUGGAAGAGUUUGACAGAUAUUGGGUGGACAUGAUCACAUCAUUCGGUUUAGAGGACAACGAUUGGGUCGCAAAGACAUACGAAAAGAGAGAGAUGUGGGCAAAUGCUUAUUUGUGUGAGAAGUUUUGUGCCGGCAUACGAACCACUUCUCGGUGCGAGGGUAUUAAUUCAUCACUUAUGAAAUUUAUCAAGUCUGGGAAUUGCUUACUUGAGUUAGUUGAGAACCUGGAUCGAGUAGUUAAAGAUUACCGGAAUAACGAGUUCAUUGCAGAUUACAAGACUCUUUACUCAAAUCCGGUGUUGACAACGGGUCUUGAAGCAUUGGAAAGAUCUGUGAGCAAGUUCUACACGAGGGAAAUAUUCUAUGAGGUGCAAAAACAGAUUGAGGGAGUUGGGCCAUUGUUAGUGUUGCACAGGGACAGUAUCGGUGGCACGGAGAAGUUCAUGUUCCGAAAGUAUCGAAAGCCCCAUCAUGUAGACUCGGUUUUCGUGGAUAGAAGUUGUGAUAAGUAUGAAUGUUCUUGUAAGUUAUGGGAGAGAUUAGGGAUACCUUGCUGCCAUAUAUUUUGUGUCUUGAAAGAGCUAGAGAAAGAAGAAUUGCCGAGCCGAUUGGUCCUGCGCAGGUGGUGCAAAGAUGCCAAGGUCGCCGAUAGUAGUAGUCAGCAUGCCUCAGUCAAUCCCACGGAUGGAUUUCGUGUUAGAUAUGGUGCAUUGUGGAGUGCCUGCCUGUCACUGUGUUUUACAGCCGCGCAAUGCACGGAAACAUACAACACUGCCAUGACAGAGGUAGCCAGAAUGUCGAGGGAGUUUGAAUCUCUAGGUGACAUAGGGCAAAGGAGCAGUCGUGUUCAAGUAGGAGCGGAUGAAACUCACAUUCUCGACCCAAAGGUUAUCAGGUCCAAGGGUGCACCUCGGGGGAGCACAAAUGCGAAUAACGGGAGGCACUGUAGGCGGUGCCUCGGAUUAGGCCACGACAGAAGAAAUUGCACUGCCAUGGAUGACGAUGUUGUUGAUGAGGUAUGUAUUUGUUGAUUAAUUCCUGGUAUUCUGGUGAUCCGUAUGCGCUUGAUGUGGUAAUUCUUGACAUUUAUACUUGUUACUUAUGUCAUGAUAGUUCUAGUGCAUUAAUGUUUUGAACUAUACCAUUUGAUUGCACAAGCGAUUUUUUUGU